AUGCAAAACUCAUACUUCCAGCAACGCUACAUGCAAAAGUUAGGAUCGUAAAUAAAAUUUUCAUUAGGUUUAAUUACAAGAAAAGCAUCUGUAAAACUCUUAUUAUUGCAUUUGAAAAGAGGGAACAGAUGAUUGGGUUAGAGAACUCUAAUAGUGAUAAGUCUAGAAUGUUAAUUGAAAAAUUGGAGAGUUGUGGAUCUGGAAUUAAAAAUAAGGGUGUAGUUCUGACUUCUAUGUUCUUGCUUAUUAUCAAUUAUAUUUUAAUUGUUUGUUGGGUUGUAUUUAUAAAUUAAUAAAAAAUUGAUUUUUCGAGAAGAACUGUAUAUGUGAUUGUAUACAUAUUCUCUUUUUUCUUAAGUACAUAUAUUUUCUAUAAUAGCUAAAUUUGGACUUGAACCCGAACUACCAAGUGUAGAUAUCUGUUUUUUUCCUCUAAAAAAGAGACGUUGUGUAAUGAAUGAUUGGACUUUAAUCUAAAUCUGCAUUUUAGUAGGAAAUUACUUCAUCAUCCUCUCACGGGGUUGUUUUGAUUUCUAGCCUAAAAUUCCAGCCAAGCCCAUAACACUAAGGGGCUGUUUAGCAACUUCUGAAUAGGUAAGUGCUGAACCAGUAAGGCUGAGGUCUGAACCAUUAAGUGCUGAACCAGUAAGAGGUCUGAACUAUUAAGAGCUACUACAUUGCUUAACUAUUCAGAAGCAAAUGUCUGAUCAAUUCAGAUAAGAGGUCUUAACCAUUCCGAGACAAAUGUCUGAGCCAUUCAGACAUCUGAACCAUUAAGAGGCUGAAACAAACAGUCUGAACCAUUAAGUGCUGAACCAUUCAGACAUCUGAACCAUUAAGAGGCUGAAACAAACAGCCCCUAAGCGAACUAAGAGAAUGAUAAAAUGCAACAAAUGUUUUGUAUUUAUAUUGUUGCCUUCAAAAAGUAGAUGGUUCUGGAAUUAAGAGAUGUCCUUCAAAAAGGCGAUGAAGACUUUGUCCAAUUCCCUUUUAAAGGCGAUAGAGACUUUGUCCAAUUCUCUUUUAAAGGUGAUAGAGGCUUUGCCUUUCUUCAUUUCCUGACAGUCUUUUAGCAUUGUAUACAACUUUAAAUGUAAGAAAAGCUAAUAUAACUCAGUAUUAGUUAGUGCUUCAGUACACACUUGCAAUGAACUAAAAGAAAUAAGGGAAAGAAGUACAUAAUAUGAUCAUUAUGUUCCAAUAUGUUGUCAUAAACAGAAAAUAAAUGUAGCAAAACCUGUUGAGUGAGAUAGUGAUCUGCAUGCUUGACCAUUAAAAACUGCUCCACAAGUUCGGUAACUGAUUCAUCAGAGAUUUAUUGGCACAUUUCUAACAAGCACCUGAAUAUAUUUGUGUAUAGUUGAUGUUUGUUUUACAUUUCUGUUAGGGCGUAGGACAAUGUAGAGGGACCAUCUUCGGAGCUUAUUAUUAGUGUUAGUCUUUAUCUUCUCCUCCUUCUGUCCUGAAUCAAUCGUUUCACUUUCUUUUAUAGUGUGUCCUAAAAUAAUUGUCACACUUCCUUUCUUAAUAUAUUAAAGAUUAUAUGGCCCACAAUCUUUCUUUUUCUUCUAGACACAUUUCAACAACCCACUUUUUACCUUUCAUUACUUUUUUAAAUUCCAUGAAGAAUUAGAUGCUGCUAAACAAAGGGAUAUCUUUGCCAUUGCUGAUGUAUAUCAUCUAUCCACCAACAGUGAAGAGUAGCCCAGAGCCCCAGAUGCACCUAAGCUUGCAAGGGAGAAAUUGGAGAAGAUGGGGCCAGUGUCAAAGAAUGAGACCAUUAUGGCUGGAACCCUGCUACUCACGAGUGUGCCGGGUGGAGACAUACAACCGGAUGUCUUUAACAGACUAUCAUAUCUUUCAAAAGUUGUGGUCAGGCGUGCACACUUCAAUGAGUUCGUUCCUUCCUAUAAUGUUAUUGACAUUUGUUUCGACGAGAAAACCAUCUCGCAAUUCAAGGAAACCAAUUCGACAUUUUUCUUGGUCCAGAUUAAAACUUCCUUUUGCUCCUGACAUGUCGAGGGCUAGGAAUUCUAUUGAGAUGGUGUUCAUGGAUGAACAUGUUACAAGAGACCAUUUCCUCACAUCAAGUGAGUUUGGCUUUUUAUGUUUGGAAGAAUGGGCAGCAAGAUGUUAGAGUGCGACUGAAUGAGGUUACCUCUUAACUAAAUUGCUUCUAUUCCG